CGCGCGCAGGAUGCUGAGCCGGCUGCAGGAGCUGCGGCGCGAGGAGGAGACGCUGCUGCGCGUGCGGGCGGCGCUGCGCGAGCAGCUCACGCGCCUCAGGGUGGAAGAGCUGGCGCUGCAGUCCAUGAUCCGCUGCAAGGAGGAGCCGGGACCCGGCUCCCCGGGAGCUGCGGCACAGGACACGCACACGACUCUUGGGCAGAUGGACAACGAGGCUGCUAUCAACCAGACUGAACUACACCUAAGCCUUCAGGAUCGUGAAAACGAGGAGGAGGAGGAAGAGGAAUCUGACUCCUGAGAGAACCAAGAGAUGGGUUUUCAUACAGACUCAGGAAUUUCUUCUUUAUUCGUAUCAAAUUGACAAACUGAUGUUUGUUUUGCCCUGGGUAAGGAUGAGCUGUACCAUGUGCCAGACUCUGGAGUGUAGUUACACCUGAACACGUGAAUGUCAAGAGCUUGGCACGCGUUGACUUGGAUGAUAAAGAAGGGAAAUCUGCUGCACAAAUAUGUAGCAUCAUCAGAUCCACGUUUAAAGCCAAAUGUAGCUUAGGACGUCUUCGUACGUGAUGGGAGAGGUCACAAAUGGAGUCAGACUAACUUCACAUGUACACUGAGAGCAAUAACAGCUGUUCUUAUUUCCUGAUGCUGAACAAUAAAACCAGGCCACAGGGGCCUUCUGUUACAACCUCCUGUGCCUAAACUGAGCAAAGCUGUGUGCAGGGCUGUCCCUGGGCUCCCAGCUGCGGUGUUCAGUUGCACAGGGAAGGGGACUCUGCUCCCUGCUGGCGGUGGAAGUGUCCUGAGGCUGGGGGAAACAGGUACUGCUCCAGCAGCCUCGUCCUGAGCAUGGUAACGAGGCAGCCUCUCUUUGUAGCUGCUGGUGCUCUCCUUCAGCCCUGUCUGUCUGAUGGUACCAGUGAAGGACUUUCUGCUUCCCCCUCUCUCUGAUUAGCAGUCAGUUAGCCUUUUAUUUGUCCACAGCAAGAAUCAGUGUCUGUUGCUUGUAGUAAGGAACUGCUAUUUUUAAAUCAGUGUUGUUUCCUUUUGCACUCACAAUACUUCAUAAAUCAAUGCAAGGCCACUUUCUGCUUUCAAGUGAUCUUCAAGGAGGAGUGAGGGGCUUAAGAGCUUGGUAAUGAAGUGGAAAGUGAAGUCCCCUCCCCAGUUUCUUUAAUGGCAGGGUAACAAGCUGAUGCUGCUCUGACCCAAAGACACUGUGUUCCUUUUCCUCAGGGCCUGCACACACCAUGCAGUGCAGCUGGUUAUUGUAUCCAUUCUUACAGACUUGCUUUAAAGCCCAAAGGCUGUUACUCUGAUUAAAUACAAACAAUGGAAGUCAUAUUUUAACUCUGCCACUUUGUCAACUGCCUCAGUAGGAGCCCAGGCAGUUCAAGCCAGGGCUGGGUGCUUCCCCACUGGUAUUGAAAGGUGCUGCUGCUGGCUCUGGCAUUGCUCAAGGGAAAAAUGGAAUAAGCACUCUUCCAAAGUUUGCUUCUAAGAGCAGGAAAGGAGCUUGGAGAAGUGUCCUGUGUCCUGGAUGUGAUCAGAGAGCACAUGACUCAAGUUCCAGGGCGUCCUUGCCUCUCUUGGAGGAGAGAGAGUCUUUGUUUGGCUUUUAUUUAGUUUGUAGUGAUAGAAACUGCAUGUUGGAAUGUAAAUGUACCUUCACCUUCUCCCACAGGCUCAGUGCUUUUUGAGAAUUCUGGAUGGCUUAACAAAGAGGCUUCAACCAGGAGUGCAGAAGACUCAGCAAAGCCUUACCCAGACUCAAGGGU